UCAAAUCUUCUAUUUUACAGUCGUGGUUUGUGUUUCCAUUUUUAAGUAGCUGUUUGGUUUCUUUGUGCGCAUGCGCAUCGGAGGAAUUUCCUGCCUGUUCGAAACUAGGAGAGGGAAAGCAGUUAUUUCCUGUAGACGUCACCAUAACAUCAUGAUUGUGUAUGUUAUGUCAGAGCGGUCGGGGCCAGGCUCCCAGGUACCAUCACACCUGACCAGGAUUCCCAUGCCUCUCCUCUGCCCAAACACUAACCACAACAACAAAACAGUCAAGGGUGAAGUGAUUCAUAAAGGGCCGCUUGUGAGGGCAGCAACUGGUGACUGGAUCCUGAAAACCAUCAUUCAUGAAGAAGAUGCCAUUCAGAGAAUGUCCAUGAACAUGAUCAUUUUUGGAGCAUUAGCCGAGAGCUUCAGCCACCGAGUCAACCCAGGGGACGUACUUUGGGUCUCUGGCUUCAGUGUGGGGAAAUCUCCAACAUCAAAUAAGGACAAGCUCCACCCCUGUAACUUGCUGCUGUCAGGAGAGGAUGCAUGCAUCUAUGUUUUCAAACAGAGGCCUCCUGAGCCCAGAUCCCCACUGGCCAGCAGGGGGUGCUCCUUGACUCCUGCUGAGGAUCUCAGGACCCCUAGAGCUCCUAGGUACACAUACGUGCGGCUGAAUGAGCUGAAGUACAUGGCGGUGGUGAAUGUCUAUGGAGUGGUGGUGUUCUUCAAGCAACCGUUUAAGAGCCGUGGCACAGAUUACUGUUCCAGCCUGAAGAUCACCGAUCAGACUGAGCGUAAGAUCGGCUGCACCAUCUUCUGUGAGAACCUGGAGGACCACCCCAGAAUCUUUCAGACCGGAGACAUUGUCCGUAUGCAUAGAGUCAAGGUGCAUUUAUACAAGAACUCCCUCACGUUAGUUAACACAUUCGGGUUCUCUGUGGUGACAUUUAGCGGCACGGUGGGUGGAGGUAUGGAGCCUCGGACAUCUAGUAAAAGCUUCCAGUUGGAUGAAGACGACCGGCACACCAUAGAGGAGCUACGGGCCUGGGCUGCCUGCCAGGCUGGGCUUUCCUCAGUCUCUGUUGCUGUCCCUCUGUCUGCCGUCCAGCCCAACGCCUACUUUGACCUCAUCUGUCAGCUGCUGGCCAAAGCCUCCAUUGACUCCACCUGCACACUGCUCAGGGUCUGGGAUGGAACCAAAUGUCCUCACGCUCUGCUGAAAGUCAUUGCUGAGCCAAACUGCACAGAAGGGCCAUCUUCUUUCUCCAAACACAAAGAGAGCCACAUUGCAAACGUCCUUGUGUACGACAACCACGUGGAGUUUUCCAAACACCUUAAGCCUGGUGCCUUUUUGAAAAUCUAUAACCUCCGAGCAGUCCCAGGACCCAGUAGAGUACCGGGCCUCACUAGCAGCCAGCCUGUGGAGCCAGAUCACCUAGCCUUCUACCUCCACGGAGGAACGUCACACGGGAGAGGCAUCCGGCUUCUGCCAGAAAACAGCCCAGAUGUGCAGAAACUCAGGAGAGUCAUACAGGCGUUCUUAGACCACCAAGACGAAGAAGUUUCUGAGCUGAAUGACUCUGAGCUCCUGGAAGUCUGGAGCACUCCACCAGAGUUUAUAGAUGGCGAGGUGGUGGACUGUAGAACUGAGCGGUGCUGUGACCACCAGCUGCAGCUGGUAACUCUGUCCCAGGUGAAGCAGAGUGCUGGUGGCCAGACUCACCAUGUUCGAGCGCAAAUAGGUUCUUAUGAGCCCAGCCAGUUGCACCGCGCCCUCAAACUCUUCUGCUGCAGCUGUUCAGCAAUUCAGGACGUCCCAGAUGAAGAGCUGCUGGCCGGGAUCUUCUCUGAAGCGACCCGACACCAUACAGCCUGUAUUCUUCCUCCAUGGGCGUUGUCUGGACAUGUGGACCUACCAGGAGACGCCUCAGCAUCCCAACAGCACUCUCCCAGUGUUCACCUGUCCACCAAGCUCAUGACGGAGGGCAAAACCGAGAAGCUCAUCUUCCUCAUGGGGUGCUCUCUGGAGGAGACACAGCACCUAUCAGCUGCUUAUCCCAAUGUUGUUCCAGUGGCGCCAUCUUGUGGCCAGCUGGCCCUGCUGGACCUGACCGCACCCUUCCUGUUCAGAGGAACAAACAGAUACUACGGGUGUAAGUGGUGCUCUGAGGCUGCAGUGAGGGAGCCGAGUGCUGCAGGACUGGAGCAGAUCGAUGAGACGAUAAUCGCAGACACCCUUGGCGUGCAGCCGCUACAGCUGGUCUUGCUGUUGAAAUUACAGUUGCAGGAUGCCACGGACACUCUGGACGUCUACCUAUGGAGACAUGCCGUGGCAUCUCUAGGGGUCACCACCUUCACACUGUGCGCUCUGUGCAUCGAUCGUUUUCGUGCAGCCACCAAUGUGAAGAUGUAUUAUGAGAUGAUUGAGAACUGGGCAUCUACCACGGCCAAGCUGGCAGUCAUUUGGGUUGGAGCGUUGCUGCUGGCUUUACCUGAGCUGCUCAUCCGACAGCUGGUUACAGAGGACAGUGACACCCCUGAUGUGACGCCCUAUGAACAUUGUACGGUUCAGAUCUCCACUGAGCUCCCAGACACUCUGUACGUCCUGGGGCUGACCUAUGACAGUGCACGCCUCUGGUGGUACUUUGGCUGCUACUUCUGCUUGCCAACACUGUUCACCAUCUGCAGCUCACUGGUCACUGCCAGAAAGAUCCGUCACGCUGAGCAAGCUUGUGUACGAGGGAGCAAAAAGCAAAUCCAGCUGGAGAGCCAGAUGAACUGUGCCGUGGUGGCCUUGGCCAUCCUUUACGGCUUCUGCAUCAUCCCUGAGAACAUCUGCAACAUCAUCACAAUGUACAUGGCGGCUGGCAUUCCCAGGGAGACCCUGGACAUCUUGCAUCUGGUCAGCCAGCUGUUGCUGUUCUGCAAGUCUGCAGGGACCCCUGUGCUGCUGUUCUGUCUGUGCCAACCGUUCACCAGAGCCUUUCUGGACUGCUGCUGCUGCUGCUGCGAGGAGUGCAGCCCACCUCACAACAGAGAAGUUGAAAUUGAAUGUCCCACAGCUGAGCUGGAGCUUUCACCAUUUAGCACCAUAGAGCCCUCCACCUCCACUGCUUACUCUGCUGUGGGGACACACUGCUGAGAUCAGCGCUGACUGAAUGACUGAAUGACUCCAAGCUGUUUCAUUCUGAGACCCCAAAUAUUCAAAUUGAUGCCAGCUGACAAACUCAUAACAAAAGUGUCUGUCCAUCGGAUAUUUGCUGAAAUCUGUGGUUGAAUUCAAUAAUGGCCCAAAUAUAUGAAACCUUUUUUUAAUAGUAGAAGGUUUCUGUUAUAAUUUCAAGGUAUUGCCAUUCUUGUAGCAUCAUACUUUUUAUAUGCCUAGAAGCAAUAAAUCCUAGAAUGUGUAAUCUUAAAUCACCGCUACGGAAAGACAGCCUACCUGCAGCCUGUUUUGAUCUCUUUGGAGAGAAAAUAUGAAAGAGGCAGUAUUAGGUCAAAUCAAAUUUUUUUGAGUUUUACAUCAUGUUAUAACGUUUUUCCUUAUCAAAAACACACCUGGAGUGUUGCUUUGAAUAUUUCAUGCGUGUUUGAGUAAUCCUCUAAUAUCCAUGGCAACUGCCUUCAAGACGCAUCUCCUCCCUGGAGCUGCAGUCUCCAGCUGAGAUUCCCCCUCAUAAUUUUCUUAAAAGAAUCCAGUCAGUAUGAGUUAAUUUAGUAUUUUUACAGCUUUUGCUUGUAUUCUUAAUCACUUUUUACCAAUCAUAAACUCUAUAUUUGUUAAGGCACAAAAAGACUCAACAUGGUUGUAAAUAAAAGAAGUGUAAAAAGAAUUCAUUUAUGUUAGCAUAAUAGCUGUUUGCUGAUGUUGUUGUGAAUGACUAUUUGAAUGAUUUGAAUACUUCCAUUUUACUUUUACAAUGAAAUAUUGGAAGGGUUUUUUGUCAUUUUAAACUUUAGUUUUGAUAUAAGUAGUACCUUUUUUUCACCAUUGUUUUAGAAAGAAAAAAAGAAAUAAACAAGAACACCA